AGAAUCACAGAGAGAGAGAGAGAGGAGAGAGAGAGGAGACAGAAAGAAAGCGAGGAUAACGAGCGAGCAGAGAGAGAGCAGAGAGAGAGGAGAGAGAGGAGAGAGAGCAGAGAGAGAGAGAGAGAGCAGAGAGAGAGUGAGAGCAGAGAAAAGGAGAGAGAGCAGAGAGAGAGGAGAGAGAGGAGAGAGAGAGAGAGCAGAGAGAGAGGAGAGAGAGAGCAGAGAGAGAGAGCAGAGAGAGAGAGCAGAGAGAGGAGAGAGAGAGAGAGCAGAGAGAGAGGAGAGAGAGGAGAGAGAGAGCAGAGAGAGAGAGCAGAGAGAGAGAGGAGAGAGAGAGGAGAGAGAGAGAGCAGAGAGAGAGGAGAGAGAGGAGAGAGAGAGCAGAGAGAGAGAGCAGAGAGAGAGGAGAGAGAGAGCAGAGAGAGAGAGAGUGAGAGCAGAGAAAAGGAGAGAGACAGCAGAGAAAGAGAGGGGCACAGUUUGCUCCUGCAGCGCUGCAAGGACAGACUGCACUGACAGAGGAGGACACACACACAGCCCAGCCUGAAGAGAGACAUGUCUACAUAACAGGACCAUCAGCACACUAAUCAUUUCUGGACACUGACAGCAACACAGAACACAAAUAGAUGCCAAGGACUAGCACCUCAAAACAACCUCACCCUCACAGAGAGGGAGGUCACAGUUUGAAGGUGGAACAGUUUGAAGACGGACACAGUAAAGGUGAAGGAAGACAUUUGUUCUGGAAGAGACCAACUAAAACAGGAGUAAUCAACGGUAUCAUCUACUCUCUGCGAUCUAUCUCUUGGAAGUGAAAAGGAGAGACUUUACAGUACAGGGCACUGGGCUGUGCUGCUCUGCCUUCAACACUCAUACCCUUCUGUGCUGCUACUGCUGCUACUGCUGUUCCAAACCAGGCUACAUCAGACAGUGGUACGCUGAAGGUAGCAGCUCUGCUCUACACUCUAGCUAGCUGUACUGUACUGCACUAACUGACUGGUUGACUGACUGACCAUGAGUGAGUCGAAGAAGGGUGAUCUGGCUAUCCGGGAUAAAGCCAUCCUGGGCCAGCAGAGGCGUCUGAAGCAGGCCACCCAGUUCACACACAAAGACUCAGCCGACCUGCUGCCCCUGGAUGGGCUCAAGAGACUGGGCACCUCCAAAGAUCUGCAGCCCCACAGCAUCGUGCAGCGCCGCCUCAUGGCGGGAAACAUCACACAGCUGCGUGGCGAGGCCCGCGUGGGGAGACCCUCGCCCCUGGUCGACAGCAAGGAGGGCGGCGCCGGCGACGCAGAGGAGAAGAGCGAGAGCACGGCUGACGACUCCACGGAGGAGAGGGAUUCGCCAGAGGAGAGCGAGAGGAGCCUAGAGACGAGGUCGGACGAGGAGGAGGACAGCAGCGAGGCCGGGGGGAAGACAAGCAGCACGACUGGGAACGAUAAAACAGAGGAGGGGAGGAAGGAGAGGCAGAGGACGGAGAGGCACCUCACUACCCUGCUGGUCCAGUGCAAGUGCUGUGACACUGAGGUGAAGGCUUCCAUCAACACCGGGAGUCAACACAACCGCAUCUCCAGCUCCUGCUGCAGGAGGCUUGGAUUGGUUCCCACCCAGGAAGGUCCACCCUGUGAGCAGACAGAGGGCCAGGGCUCUGUGAGGGGCCUGCAGCUGCAGCUGGGCAGACAGAGUGUCCAGUGCUCUGCCCACGUCACCGAGGAUGAGGUGUUUGAGCUGUGCCUGGGUCUUCAGACUCUGCAGGAAAUCAAAUGCUGUGUGGACCUGAGCAGUAGAGUCCUAAAGCUCCAGGGCUCAGGGGAGGAGCUGCCUUUCCUGGAGACGCCAUUGGUCAGCCAGUGCCAUCACCAAGACAGCAAUGAGAACAUGUGACCCUGGCGGGUCACAACCUCCCAGCCGUCCCACACCCUCCUUUGAUUGGCUGGCGCUGUAAAAACAUGAUGCAGUCUGGGUCUGGACUGUCCAACCAGUGUUUCGCACUGCCAGCAACAUGGUUGAGCACCCCAAUUCUCUUCAGUUUACACCAUUGUGUUUGUUUCUGUGGAAUUAAGACAUUACCAUGAUGUUACUGCUGUAUUGAAUUAGCCUAGUUUAUGGAGUGGAUGGAGCUCAAGGUUUGGGACGAUUCUAUGUAACAAUCUUCAUAAUUAUGUACUUAAUCAAGGUGUUUUUUAGAUGUUCUAGAUAGCACCUUUUUUUCUAAGAGUGUACUGAAACAUACUGAGGAGUCAGACGAUAAUUAUCCUUUGAAAAUGAACAUAUUGUGAUUUGGAUAUAAAAUAAUAUAUAGUAUAAAAUAAUUUACAUUGAUCAUCAAUUAAAUGCCAAAACUGUUUAAAAUCAAAAUUAGUUCAGCCUUGAGGGAAAAAAUGAUAUCUCCCUCACAUCCCUUUACAGAGAGAUAGUCUUCUAGAUGUCCUCUCAUACGUGCUCAAGAGAAACAAAAAACAGGUAUUAUGAAACCUUUGAAUCUGCCUGUUAAAAAAAUCUAAUUGAGAGUCAGGACAGACAGGGAAUUCUGGAAGAGAUGUGAGGAGACUACUGCUAUUCCUGAACUAACUGCCUUCAGCCAAGUGAAGACUCUCUCUCAUCUAUUUUCCCAAAUGAAGAGUGCUCCUAAGAAUGUCACAAUGACCCCCAUCAAAACUAGUUCUCAAUAAUUCCACUUAAAUGUCAAUAGAGUCCUAGAGCUAGUUGUGUGUGUCAGACGGACAGCACAACAAAAAGAUCCAAACAGUCCAUAAUUCCACAUUAUUUUUUGUCGAAGUCUGGAUGUUAGUGUUCCUGUGAGAGUGUGAGUUCUAUUUACUUCUCCUCCUCCUCCCAGCUCCUCCUCCUCCUCCUCCCAGCUCCUCCUCGGCUCCGUUGGCAAGACGGAGCCGACCCCAGCUGCCUUCCUUCCCUCGUCUUCUUCAGGGGACAUUAAUCACUCUGCUCUGAGGCUGCUCUCUGGGUCAAGGCCCUCAUAGAUGUUUGUUUAAGCAUAUUCUCUCUCUCUCCCUCUUAAUUUUUGAAGUUCGGGAAACAAAUCUGCUUGGUACAUUUUUCCUCUUCUCGUUCGUUCCACUUUUGCUGACGUACGUUAUUCACUUUGACAAGCCUUGUUUGCUGAUUUGGUAUUUUACUAGGACCGGCGCAGCGGCACAGAAUCAUCAUCAGGCCCCUGCUUGUUGCCUGACUGACAGUUUCACACUACAGGGUCGACUACAGGACCAAAACGUACUGUGCUGGCUUGAAUAUUGUAUUUUCUUAUUAUCCUUUGCAGCACGGUUCCAGCUACUAUGGUGGAGUCGUAACGAGGCCAACCCAGUACUGUACAGCUCGGCUUAGUUCAGUUUGACCCUAUGGUGUAAAUCAGGCAUGUGAGAGAGCCAAAAGGCCACACUAUAAUCUUCCCAUUAACAUGAAUUACACUCUGCCUUGAUCCAUUCGCAUUGUUUGGACAAUCGAGAAGCGCUUCAGACGCCCUUAGAAAGGUCUUCAUACUCUGCUUUUACCAUCUGGGCCUGUAUUCAAAGAGUCUCUGAGUGUGGGGUUUCCACUAGAUAGCACAGCCACAAUGUCUAAAUUGGCUAUAUAUUGCAAAAAAGAAAUACAUGAAAACAAUAGAAAUAGGCUGGGUUUAUGACUUUGUGGCUGUGGUAACUAGUGACUACCCUGGGUAGGUGCUGAUAUCGGAUCAGUCAUGCCUUUCAGAGCAUAAUGGAUAAGAUUACAUGGACCUGAUCCUAGAUCAGCACUUCUACUCAGAUUUUUUGUGAAGAAGGGCCCUGGACAGUGCCAUGCUCUCGACUGUGUAACAAUAUCCAUCUGACCUCUAGCUCUUUCUUUGGAGGUCACCCACGAAUAGAUUGCUAAUGUUUCGUACUAGUGUACUUCUUAAUAUGCUGUGCGAUGGUAAUCGAUGUAUGAAAUACAUUUAUUUUUUGUGUUUUUUCUGAACAGUAUUUUCUCUGCCUAUUAAAAUAUGUAUUCUGGCUAGCUA